UACGAAGAAGUUCAACCCACGGGUAAAAACUUCUUUUGGCUAUUUUGGUCAAUUGAGUAGAAAAAUGGUUGUAAAAUGAAUUGGGAGUCCAGAAUGGCUACUUUGGACAAUUCCCAGGUUGUGUCGAUUAGCAGUUUAUAUGUACUUGAACCUAUAUUGCUUUGUCUUCUUUUGCUACCUCCAUUUUAAGACUUGAAUGAUAUCCUCCUAAAAUCCUCCUAAUUUAUACCAUCAAAAGAGUAAAUUUUAGACUUGUAGUUACUAACUAAAUUAUCAGUUGGUUACUGCUUGCAAGAUUCUUUUCAAAUAUACCAUGGACGUGGUAAGUAGAAGUAUACGAUAAGCGCCAAUGUACCAUUAACAAAAAAUGACUGUAUUCAAAAUGUGAAAGGAUUCAUAUCUGGUUUAAAGUGUAACGAUACGAGGUUAGAAUCUUAAUGUCAAACCCGAUGCCGCUACAUCUUGAAUCGGGGAUAUAUUUGUUUGGGGAGAAGUGAUGGGUGUUUAGGUUUUCUUUUGCAACAUGAAAGUGGAAACACCCGUUUCUUUUUUUUGCAGUAGUGGAUUUUAUCAUGACCCAGCUGCGGGAUGGUAUUAUAGCAGCAAAGAUGGUCUGUAUUACAAAUUCGAAAACGGGAAUUACGUGCUAUGGGAAACGGACCAAGCUGAUCAAUCUAAUGCUAAUGAAGGUAUUGUUACUAGUGUUGGUGAUAAUUCUAUUCAUGAUGAGUCUUACGACCAUGCACCUUGUGGUAAGGAUCCAACUGAUGUUAACUUUGAAGGAGGUGAAUCUGAAGGUUAUGUAGCAGAGGAAGCAACUCCCAGUGACCCAAUAGUUGAUACGGAAUGCUUAACCAAUGGCCUGCCUGAAAAUCUACCACCGCCUUCUGAAUGGCUAGAAGACACACUUAUUGAACUCUAUUUGUCGGGUUAUUCCAACCAAACAAUUGAUGAUGCUUCUGGUGCAAGGACGUUUGACGAUCACACUAGCUUAAAUAUUCCCACAGAUGGUAUAGACGACGUUGAUGCUGAUGAACUGGAAGAGGGAGAAUGGAUCCCGGAUGACACUCAUGAAGCAGUUGAUGGACGUGGAGGUGCUUCGGAUGAAGAUGAUUUUGCAGAGGAAGAAAUGUGGCGUGCGCAAUAUGGUCAGGCAAUUCAAUCAGACAAAAAGCUUGUACCCGAUCAGCCGAUCAUGGACUUAUGGGACUGGGCAAUGAUAACAGGAACCAAAAAGCGUGGAAAACGUCGCAUAUGCAGAUUAGUAGGGCGAUUAGUGAGACGGUCCACUAAACUCCACCCUUCAAUGCCUUCAAGUGGCCGCGUAUUGAAAACGGCUCCAAUAUGUGAAGUUCUUCUUGAUCUUGUACGAGUUAGAUCAGGCCGGGUAUAUAAGUUGAGGAGUCCAAAAGUUGCGUAUUUAGCUUCUUUAUCGUCUUAUGAUUCUUCAAACCCAACAAAAGAUUGGGGAUUCCCAGAACUAUCAACGGAUAAGGUAACUCAAACAGUAGCAAAAUCCUGUCAAGAGAUCGAACCCAAAAGGGAAAGAGUCCGUGUUGAUGAUUCUGGAUCACCAAAGGAACUCCUGUCAAGUGAAAAGCUUAAAGGGCAUGCAUAUAGAGAUAGAGCUGCUGAGAGAAGAAGCCUACAUGGUGGUUUUGGUGUUGGUCCCGGACAAAAGAGAACAGCAGAUACUGAUUCUUCAUCUUCGUCUCCCGUUUCUGCUACUCCAGAAGAAGCUGUAGCUGAAGCCUUGAAUUUGUCAUUCGGAGUUGGUAGUUAUGCCCGAAAGAUUCUAGAAGGCAUGGGCUGGAAAGAGGGUGAGGCUCUUGGGUGCGGCAUGAAGGGGUUAACCGAGCCGAUACAAGCAGUUGGAAACAAAGGAAGUUCGGGUUUGGGAUGGAAUCAGAACAGCAAAUGGAAACACGCCCGAUCUGAAUCUAAACUGUCUUGAAUGAUUUAUGUUGCCACAAGCUUCGUGUGUCGAAAUAUGUGGAUCGAUCUGUGUUUGCACUUGAACCGAUCAAAUUUCCACAAAAUCCUGAGAUUGGCUCGUAAGGCAUUGGUUUUUAUGUCCAUGGGUCAUGCUGGAGGAUGUUCUAAUGUCAGAUAUGGAUACAUGUUUUAGAUUUUACCCAAUUAUACGUAUUUUAACCUUUUACGUUAAUUAUACAUGUUUUAGCCUAAUUAUAACGUUUUGGGUUUUUUUUUACCCUUUUAGUUGAUUUGGUGAUUCCCGAUUCCGGCUUUCGAAGAGUGUUAGAAGAAUGACUAUAUUGAAGUG